AUGGGGUUAGCAUCAUCCACGCUUCUAGAGUCCUUCAUGGAAGGCACGAACUUUGACCGUGAAGAGAUUGAUAGACUCAGAAAAAGGUUCAUGAAGCUCGAUAGCGAUGGGAGUGGGGCCAUUGAUAAGAAUGAGUUCUUAGCGAUUCCUGGUAUAUCUUCAAACCCGCUCUCCAGCAGACUAAUGGAUGUUUUCGAUGAGGAUCACGACGGUACGAUAGAUUUCCAAGAGUUUAUCACGGGUCUUUCAGCCUUCAGCGGCAAGUCUUCACGUCUAGAGAAACUUCGGUUUGCAUUUAAGAUAUAUGAUAUCGACAGAGAUGGCUUCAUUGGUAAUGGCGAACUCUUUAUUGUCAUGAAGAUGAUGGUAGGCAAAAAUUUGCAAGAUGAAGAGCUACAGCAGAUUGUCGACAAGACUAUUCUGGAGGCUGAUGCUGACGGCGAUGGUCGUCUAAGCUUUGAAGAGUUUAAGAACGCUGUAGAUUCCACGUCGGUGGCAUCUGCGUUGACUUUGAACAAUAUUUAA